AUGCUGCCGGUAACAACCUACUGGAGGGUCGUGGUGUCAGGGAUGCUCAUAUCUGCAGUCCUUUGGCUGCUCAUAUUUCGAGAGAGUUUUGGCAUGGUCUCAGGCUUAGGGUACGCCUCGCAAGUCAGCCAGGUCGAGCCCGAUGCACCAUUAGCUCUACCCGGCACAACCAACAGCAGUCUCAAGCCGCUCAUACUCUACGCAUACUCAGAGUCUGAGACAGCCCGACCAAAUCUCGAAUUCUUCCUGAAGAAAGGUCUCCACGGCGGGGCAGAUUUCAUUUUCAUAUUCAACGGGGAGACUGACGCGGCUUCGCUUGUCCCCGAGCAUCCCAAUGUGAAGAUUGUCCAUCGAGAGAACAAAUGUUUUGACCUAGGCGGCAUGGGCGAGAUCCUACGCAAGGACGAUCUCUGGAAACGGUACAAGCGGUUCAUCACUAUGAACGCCAGCAUCAGGGGCCCUUUCUUGCCACGUUAUGCCCGGACAGCCUGCUGGUCAGAUCUUUUCCUCGACCGUGUCACGGAGACCGUAAAAUUGGUCGGCACUACCAUCAACUGCCAGCCGUCGCCGCAUGUCCAGUCUAUGCUCUGGGCUACGGACGACGUCGGCACGGGGAUCCUGCUGGACCCGGCACUGGCACACUCUGUGCCCCAGGAAGAUCAUUGGGGCACAAGCGACGAUCCGGUCGGGCUCAGUUUCUGUCACGAGACGAUGUUUGCUGCGGUCCAUUCCGAGCUUGGAUCUACAAGGCUCAUUACCUCACAAGGCUAUGGGGUCGAUGUGCUGAUGACGGCUUUCGAACAAUCAGCAGGUGGUGACAUAGAGGAAUAUUGCAAGGUUGGCCAGUUCGAGGAUAUUUUGUACGACAAGAUGUACUAUGGUUCCAAUCUUCAUCCUUAUGAGACGGUCUUUUUCAAGUCAAAUCGUGAAAUUGAUCCGACUCUCUUGGAGAAAUUGACAGAUUGGCACCUCAAGAAUGGCUUCAAGAGUUGGGACACCUGCAAAUGA